CAACCAUCUGGAAUGGUGCAGCAACCGCCCAGCAUGGUGCAGCAACCAUCUGGCGCGGUGCACCAACUGCCUGGGAUGAUGCACCAACCAUAUGGGAUGGUGCAGCAACAGCCCAACACGAUGCAGCAACCAUCUGGCAUGGUGCAGCAACUGCCUGGGACGAUGCAGCAACCGCCUGAGGUGAUGAUGCAGCCGCUGCCGCAUUCAUUCCCCCCGACAACUUUCAUGCAACCACCCCAAGAUCAGCCUAAUACUCCGAAUGGUACCUCGGUUGAAUAUUCAACCGGUCAGGUGCUAGACAGACUGGAUGUCGGAGAACCGUGGGCGACUGGGUUGUUUGACUGUUUCCAAAAUCCAACAAAUGCCAUUAUUACAGCAUAUCUACCAUGUGUCACAUUUGGUCAGAUUGCCGAAGUCUUGGAUGAAGGAGAAAUGAAUUGUGCAUUGGGCGGUUAUAUCUACUUGGCAAUGAUGCCGGCCCUGUGUUCUCACUGGCUAAUGGGAUCAAAGUACAGAGCAAAGCUGAGGAGGAAGUACAAUCUAGUGGAAGCUCCUUUUCCGGACAUGGUUUCUCACAUGUUCUGUCCCUGUUGUGCCCUUGCCCAAGAGUUCCGUGAGCUCAAGAACAGAGGCCUCGAUCCCUCCCUAGGUUGGAAACAGAUACACAAGCAGCAAAUGGAGAAUCCUCCUCCGAGCCAAUCCAUGACGCGGUGAAAAAAUAAAACCAGUCGGAUCUGCAAUAUGUUGAAUUUUACGUCGUGGAGCCAUUUGUCCUAGAAAUAUCUUCUUGAAUGAAUGAACUUAUUUUGUUGAAA